UUGAGAAUCGUCGAUUGCGAUGGCUGUUUGAGUGUGAAAGGUAAGUCUUCAACUAUUGUAUUCACGUAAAAUAUUGUUAUUACUUUCAGUUCUCGUAAAAAACGAAGAAAACAUGGAUUAUGAACAAAUUGGCGACGGAUGGUGUACAAAUCAAUCAAAAUGGAGGUAUGUUAAUUUUAUAUUUGUUUUUUGGUUGAAAUUUGGUCAGAAAACAAAGAAAUGUUGCAAAUUGGGGGUGAAAGAUCUUCGAAAACAAUUAGAACGGAAAAUUCCAGAGUAUUUCACUAUUUGCAUUGUUGAUGUGAUUUAUAGUAUCUUUAGAUCUCUGAAAUGAUGAUAGAGGGCCCUACCAAAUUUAAAACGGAAGAAAAACUCACCUUUAAGUACUAUUUCCUAAACAUUUUCAAAUUUUACAGGUUUCAACUUGAAUCAAUCGAACUAGGAAAACAAGAAGAAAGAAGAGAUGAACAAGUUGCUUUGAUGGUUGAAAAAUCGGAGAAAAAUUUCGAAAGUGAGUUGUUUAUAAUAAAAAUUGAUUGUGAUGAAAAAUACUUGGAAAUCAAAAUGAGCUAA